GGAAGCGGCCGGGCCGGGGAACUUCAUCUCAGGAAGAAGAUGAAAGAUAAUGUCGCUGAAGAACAUUUAUAUUUGGCUUUUUCUCAUCAGUACAGAGAUAGUAUCUUCCCUCUUCAUACAUCUAUCUCACUGUUUUUGCUGUCCUACUGUGACUGCAAACUAUUUAAAGUUUUCUUAGUGCCGACUGGCGAAGAUGUGGGUGAUCAGUGUGUGACAAAAAACCUCGCUGGUGACCUUGAGAUCCACUUAAUCCCCAGGUGUCAGCUUCCAGUGGUUGUGCAGAGCUGCAGUUUGCCUGCUGUUGUUGUGAAAGAUGACAAAUUCUGCCGAGCUGGGCUUUCUGUGGUCUUAAGACAUAUAAUACAGAAAACAUUUGAGGCAGAUCCAUCUAGAAAGGAGGUUUUGGAACUCUUGGGCUUUAAGAAGACCUGCUUAAAAGCCUGUGCUGAAGUUAGCCAGUGGACCAGGCUCUGUGAGAUCAGCAUACCUCUGGCUGUGGAAAGAUUUUUGACAGCCUCUCCUGAGCACUGCCAGGCUAUUCCUCCUGACAUUUUACUGCUGGAAAGGAAGCUUGGAGAACCUGUCCGAGUACAUAAUGAUGACAAAAUUCGAAGGCAGAAACUUCAACAACAGAAGGCAGGUGCCAAGGCUGCAGUGCCUGUGCUUGGUGAAGAAUCAACAGAGGAAUUAAAACCAGAAGUCCAUGAGCAACCACCCUCAAGUUUGGAACUGAGUGUAGCUUUCUCCAAGCUACUUGCCCAGGAAGCACCAGAUGCAAUCAACAGGGAGGCCCCUCACAUCAGGAGGACAAAAACCUCUGACCUUCCUCUCCUAGACCAUGUUUUUGCAGAAGGGCUUUAUUUUACUGUGGCAGAUCUAGUGCUUUUGCCAUGCAUCCACCAGUUCUUGGUUUCCAGCAAGAAACAAGGCAAAAAUCUGGUAAACUUGCCACUGAUAUCCAGCUGGUAUCGAAGGGUUCAAGAAGUACCUGGGGUAAAGAAAGCUGCUGGCAAAUGCAACAUGGAGCUUCUCCAGCUUCCAGAGUUGGUGUCUGCUCCUGAGGAGCAGCUACAGGACUCUGCUCCAGUUCCAGAUGAGCUAGAAGAGGGUCAUGAAGACAGUCACUUUAUAGGUGGUCCAAGGCCAACCAUGACUAAGUUAAUGGAAAAUGGAAUUGAAGCAAAGUUUUCUCCUCAUCCAUGCCCCAGCUGGACCCUAGACUGGACCAGUCUUCCAUCUGCAGUCAGUCCUGGGGAAGGAAAGAUGUCUCGAGACCGGGCGCUCAGGAAGCAGCAGCAGCUGAACAAUUUGGUAGCAGCAGUGACAAAGCUCGCGAAACCUGGAGAUUUGAUUGUGGAUUUUUGCAGUGGAGGGGGCCAUGUUGGAAUUGUUCUUGCUUAUAUGAUGCCAUCAUGUCAGGUGGUACUCAUAGAAAAUAAGGAGUUGUCUCUGAUCCGUGCUAAAGACAGAAGUGAUGAACUGGGUUUAAACAACAUUUGGUUCAUUCAAGCAAAUUUGGACUAUUUUAAUGGGACUUUUAACAUUGGGGUGGCCCUGCACGCCUGCGGGGUGGCCACAGACAUGGUGAUUGAGCACUGCCUCAGGGCACGGGCUGCCUUUGUCAUCUCCCCCUGCUGCUACGGCUUCAUUCAAAAUACAGUCAAGUUCAAAUAUCCACGAAGUCAUCAGUUCAAAGAAAUUUUGUCCUACAAGGAGCACAUGAUCCUUUGCAGAUUUGCAGAUCAGACAGCUGUUCAGCUUCCACCUGAACGCAGGCAAAUUGGAAAGCAGUGUAUGGGACUUGUGGAUCUGGAUCGGGCAUGGGCUGCAGAAGAGCGUAACUACUCUGUCCAAGUUAUAUCUAUGGAGCCAGAGAGUUGCUCUCCAAAGAACAAUAUGUUUGUGGGCAUCCCUGCUUAGAGUGUGAAACUUGCAUUUGAUUUGAAGCUGAGCAUAAAUCUUCAGUGCAUAAUGACAUCCAGCAGAUAGAAGCAGCGCUGGGAAGCAGACAUCCCGCAUCUUGAACGCAUUGCCUUUGGAAAGGGAAGCAGCCCCCAAAGUCCUGAAAAGCAAACUGCAUGCAGAGCAUCACAAAUCAACUUGCAAUAUGUCAUUAAGCAACUUUUGGUUCUCAUACUGAGAAGUUUCUGGAUCUAAUGACUGUGCAUGGAAUUAUAUCCAUCUGCAAAAGUUUAGGAAAAACUGGCUUUGUUGAAGGAAAGGUGAUUUCCUUUUCAGUAAAGCUGUGUCUUGGCUGCUUGGAAAUUGCGUUCGUGGUCAAAACAGCAUUUGUGUUCCUCAGCCGAGCAGUUAUCAGCCAGCAGUGCUGAUCACCAGAGGAACAGAGAAGAUCAAGUUGAUUGUGUUACUGAAGAUGGCUGUGCAACAGGUGGUGGUCUGACUUUGCUGAAGAAUUCCAUGCUACUGUAGCAGAUUAUUUUUAAUAAAAGUUCAUCAGAAUACUUUGGGCCUCAAUCUGCUUAUUAAAAAUGUAUUCUACCUUGCCAAUAAUUCUUUUAAAAGACUUCAGAAUUACCUUUAAAUAUUAUGCAAGGAUUCUGUAACCAGGAAGUUGACACUUGGUUUAAAGAAACCAAACUUCUCAUUAUCCAUUGACCAGAAAGUGGGAGCUAGACAUGAUGAUAGUGAAUGGAUCCUUCACUGUUGCAUUGGUAACAGAAGUGUGUUGAUUCCUAUUCAUAAGAAACUUGCCGUACUGAAGAAAUAUUUAUGAACAGUUCAUGUGUCUACAUACACCAUCUUCAUUGAUUUUAUAUUCAGUUUAAAAUUUGAGAAAAGUUGCUGUGUGGAACCAUUUGAAAAGAUAAUCGUGGUUAUGCUGCUCUAAAAUGAAAAUAAGUAUUCUCCUGUGCUCCAUUUUCCCCCUAAUUUAAAAUCACCAGUUGACACAAGCACAAUGGAAGGUAGCUGCUAAUGAGAUUUUUACUGCAUGUUUAGGGAUUUUAUACAUCUGUGAUUUCUGCCAUGUUUCAGUUUAUUUAAUCUGAAGUUUGAAAACUAUGAACAUAGCUUCCAGACAUGGCUAACUGAAUUACAAACAAUAGCUAUUGGAGCAAAAAAAGAAUCCAGAAGUAUUUUAUUAUUCAUGAAAUGUAGAUAUCUUAAAGAUCGAAAUACCUGGGUUUUUUUUAAUGUGAACACAUGGAACGCUACCCCCUUAUUUAAAAAGCACACAAAUGAGCAAGUAGGAGUGAAAUCCUACCUUUAACAUGAGUUAUUCCAUAGAUAAUGAUGAAACACUUUUUCUGCAACUGUUUGUGGUUACAGGAGGAACUUGAGUUUUGAAGAAUGUAUGGCAAAUACAAAAUACAUGGCGAUACCAGUUGUCUUCAGAGUUUUCUGCAAUACUUGCCCAAUGGGAAUUCAGUUUCCAAAUUAGUGGUAUGUCAAUCUGAACAUUAGUCAUGUUAAAUUGCUUUUCUGGAGUGAGCAAAUGUCUCUUUAUGACUUUCUUGUGCUGAAGGAAGAACUCGUCAAGGUGAGGCAGUUGGAAACUGAUGCUGUUUACAGUAAGAGUUUUCACACUUCUCUGCUCCAGAGAAGUAGCAAUAUCAAUGCUUUAAGUAUGGUGGUGUUGAACAUUUGGCAUGGUUUGAUACUAUGCAAUAAAACAGAGCUUUCAGUAGAGCAGAAUUCUUUGCUUUUACAUGCUUCACCUCUUUUGCAAUAUCUGUGUCAAUAGUCUGUAAUAGUUUUUGGAUCUACCUGAAAAGAAGGUAGAUACAUUUAGGGUCUACGACAGAGAACAUGUGUGCUACUGGAUAAAAGAUAAAAAUGGGUUUUUUAACACGCAAAACCAGGAUUUCUUAAAAAGAGAGGUGGAAAAGGAACCUUAUUUGGACAGAUGACUAAGUGUUUAUUAGGUGCUUCAGAUGGUCUAGAAAAACAGGUAAAGUCAAACAAGAAUCCAAAUACCAAUCUCUGUUUCCUAUUUCAUUAAGGUACCUGCUUUCAUGUUAAUGACAGCUUCCCACAGGUGUUGCUUUACUUGUGACUUAAAUAAAUUAUUUUGUAUCUGCUACCCCACAAAGAAAUAGACUUCACAGGAAGAAAAAAUUUAUAGAAGCAAGGGAAAAAACCAGCAGAAGUAGUGCUAUGUUUAUAUGCAUGAUGACAUCCCAUUUUUUUUUGGAUGAGCCAAACUAUACAAAGCGAGUUUAUGACAAAUUUUUUUCCUUCCCAAAAUAAGGAAUAUUUUAAUGGCAUCUCACAGUAUUUAUCAUCUUCAUGGGUUACAGGAUUAGUGAGGCUGCAUUCCAUUUGUGGUACUGGUGUGAGCUUGUUGCUGUUGGCAUCAAUGGGCUCUGGUUUCUUCUCAGGAGAACAGAAUCUUUCUCGUGUCCAAGGAUAGAGUUAUGUUACUAUGACUAGUAAAGCCUGAAAUAUACUUCAGAUGAACUGAUGUUUAUUGAAAACUGGAGAGAAGCAGAUGAAAAAAAGCAUAAAAAUCAAGAUUUGCAGCAAGAGAUAAUAGCUAAUUCACCACAGAUUAAAUCGCUAAACUGUGGCAUGUACUUUCUGAAAGAUGAACUCAAUUAUAUUAAUUUUUAGGUAUGUUACUUUGCCCUAUGUUUCUGUAUACAUAAAUGGUAUGGAAUUAAUAGAGCCUAAAAUAGCCUAAACAAGGUGAGUAGACAGUGUGGUCCUAUGAGUGAACAACUGGUGUUCUAGCAGCUAGUUAUUCAAGGAGCUAUCUUGAUGUCCAAGGUGCAUCUCCAAAUACUGUUUGUGUUUUUCAUUUGUCUGGCCCAUUGGGACCAGCUGUAGGGUGAAAAAAUUGCUGUCCUAGCAUAGUCAUGAUUUUCCAUUAUCUUGAAAGUUUUCUUUUAUGUUUCCCUUGUAGCCUCUAAUGCUGGCAAAAGUAACCUUAUAACAGGAAACAGAUGACCAAGCAGUGUUAAAAGUUAGUCAU